GUCACUUUUGAACUUCCCGUUUUUCAGACCCCCUUAUCCAUCAUGGUGCGCAUGUCCGUCCUCGCCGAUUGCCUCAAGACGAUCUACAACGCCGAAAAGCGCGGCAAGCGCCAAGUCCUCGUGCGCCCUUCUUCCAAGGUGAUCGUCAAGUUCUUGCAAACCAUGCAAAAGAACGGGUACAUUGGCGAAUUCGAAAUCAUCGACGACCACCGUGGUGGCAAGAUCGUGAUUGAAUUGCGCGGACGCAUCAACAAGUGCGGCGUGAUCUCGCCCCGCUUCGACGUCAAGCAGUCCGACAUCGAGAAGUGGAUCAACAACUUGUUGCCGUCGCGCCAAUUCGGCCACCUCGUGCUCUCCACCACGUAUGGCAUCAUGGACCACAACGAAGCCCGUCGCAAGGCCACUGGUGGCAAGAUCAUCGGCUUCUUCUAUUAAGUCUGCUGUUUGGGCGGGGAUAACUCUUAACGGAAGCAGCCCCACUCGGGUCGUUCAACAUGACAAGUGCUGGUUAUUUACAUUUGUAGUUAACUACUUCUGCACUAGUUAGUGCAGCAAUGCGCCAAAGUGUAUGGAAUAUAACAUACAUAUAUGUAUAAACGUUAAUAUUGCAA